AAAUUUCAAUAUUAUGAACUUAUGAGAUUCCUGGACGAUUCAUUGCAGACACGGCUGACAGUGAGUUCGUUAACAGAUGCUGAUGCUGAAAGUGGAGUAAUCACUUCACUUAAUAUAGAAAACAAGCGACGCAAAGAUGAUGCUGUAGCUGGGCCUUCGACAAUGCAUCAGAUUUCAGCUAUUAACAAUUCUCCACAGACUUCCCCAUAUGUUUCUUCGCGGACGCUGACACCCACAAAUAUUUCUCCACAGAUACUCAAUUCUAUCAAUGUUCUUUCACAAACCUCGACAUCUACAAAUCAUUUUCCAUCAACUGAAAGCAAACUAUCCACACAAAGACAUGGUUCAAAACGAAAACAAUCAUCACAAGAUGAUGCCUAUCAAACAGCUUUAAUAGAAGCUCUGAAAGAGCCAUCAACGCAAGAGAUUGAUCCACUGGACGGAUUUCUUGUCCGCUUGGGAGAAGGCAUGCGGAAACUACCAUACCGAGACAGAGCACGAUUAGAAAUUUUUGACAUCACUUUUUGAAAUGGAAAAUAGUUGCUUCAAUCGAGAUUUUGACAAAUUAACGUAAUCGUCAUUAAGAAGGAGACCAAUCAGCCUAUUCGAAAGGCAAUGCUAUUUUAAUGAUCGAAUGAUGAAAGAUUAAAAUUAAAUAUUUAAUAGGUUGCGUUUCGUAGCAUCAUUCGAAUCGACAUUUUUUAAUGUGUUCUUUAUUCUAUAAGAAGAGUCAAAAAAU